AUGGAUUUGGCUUCGGCUGACAGCACUGAUAUGAUCCAUAUAUUCCGCAAGUGGGCUGAGCAGUAUGGUCCCAUUACUCAGAUCAGCCUCAUGGGCGCAAAGCAAGUAAUCCUGUCGGAGGAGAAGAUUGCAAAUGAGCUGUUCGUUAAGAGAGGAAAUCGGUAUUCGGAUCGUGGAGCUCCCCAUGCGGUAGAAUACAUCUCGAUGAAGCAAAGCCCUGGGUUCAGAAACAAGGACGAGGGAUGGCGCCGCCAGAGAAAAAUGUUACACAGCGCUGUCUCUAUGGCUGCAAUUAAUACUUACCAAAGCCUGAUGGACGAUGAAGCGACAUUUUCUCUAUCCGCACUGAUCCAGUCGCCGUCGUCGUUCCACGACGAGUUUCUUCGCUAUGCUUACUCGGUUCUGACGAGCUCCAUGCUGGGGUUCUCCAUCCCUUCGGCAUCAGAUCCCUUCAUUCGCGACAAUGAGGACUUCACGGCGGAAAUUAUGAACUCCUUUCGUCCGGACUGCUUUCCCAGUAAUGUUUUCCCCAUCUUGCAGCACUUCCCCCACUGGCUGGUCCCCAGUUUGCAAAAGAUGGAAACCCUCAGAAAGGAAUAUGUGGGCCAGAUGUGGUCGUUUCGGAGAAAGAUCCAGGCAAGUAUCACGGACGGGUCGGCCAUGGACUCUAUCUAUAAGCAUUUCCUGUUGAAUCGGGAUGAUUACACCGUGACCGAUGAAGAGUCCGUUCAUGUGUUUCAAGCCAUGAUCGACGGUGGCACCCGCUCCCCGCAUAAUAACCUCCUCACACUCUUGUUCCUGAUGAUGGAGUACCCGGAGUGGCAGAGGAAGCUUCAGAAGGAGGUUGACGAAGUUGUUGGCAAGGGUACAAUGCCUAGCUACCAAGAUGUCCCUAACCUGCCGACAGUGAGAGCGAUUGUUAAGGAGGGCGUCCGAUACCGGUCUAUAAUGGCGGAGAUGGGAAUCAGUCAUUGUUUGGAAGUGGAUGAUAUUUACAACGGAUACGCCUUCGAGAAGGGAACUGUGUUCCAUGCAACUUUUGCAUCUAUCCUGAUGGACAAGGAGAUGUAUCCCGACGGAAAGUUGUUCAACCCAGCCCGUUGGCUGGAGCCCAGCUAUCCGACCUACAAGGAACCUCUCACUGUCUACCCUACCUGCCAAGGUUAUCCUGCGUUUGGCUAUGGUCGAAGAGCCUGCCCUGGAGUAGACUUCGCGGAACGGAGUUUGGUGAUUUUGCUCGCUAAGUUGGGUUGGGCUGUGAAUAUCGGUUGGCCACUUGAUAAAGAUGGAAAUGAAAUUCGGGAGACACUAGAGUAUGAGCCAGUACCAGCGCCGAGGCCAAUGCGGUUUGGUUGCAGGAUUGAACCUAGAGACCCCGAGCGGGUCAAGAUUGUCCAGAGCGCGGCUGAGAGAUUGAAGAUGGACUAG